GACCGCAUUUCUUGGGACCCAAGCUAACUUUCGGUCCAGUACGGAUGAGUUGCUCCUGCAGACGCGAACCUUAAAUCGAGCUGAUCGAAGUUCCGUGACGUGGCUGCCUCACUUGGAGUACGCUUGGACGUGACACAAUCAUCUCUUUUGAGGUCCUCAAGUCUGUGGCUAUCUCAACGAUCAGACAACCAGACUCCGACCUUUUAGACUCCAAAGCGAAGACCGCCGUUACUCGGACCCAGGCCAUUACAUCUGCAUCAUCAAGCGACAGACCUUUAAUUCCACAAAGUACGAUUGCCAUUCACCACACCUCGGAAGCUAUGCAGACUGGAAAACCUUCCAUUGGCGCCUCUGCUGAAUCCAGUCAAGCCUCAAAUAUGGACGAAGCUUUGGCUUAUCUCGAGAAGAUUCAGACUCGAUAUGCGACUCAACCUGAAAUCUACGAAGCUUUUCUUGACAUCAUGAAGGACUUGAAGAAGGGUGCCAUCAGCCCGCCAGACGCCGUAGCGCAUGUCAACAUGCUCUUCGAGGACGACGCGGAAUUGACGAAAGACUUUCAGCAAUUUGCCAUGCAGCAAUCAGGACCAUUCCCCGACAUCACCUCGUCAGCUGAAACGAGGAAAACCCCUUCGCUGGAUCAGGUCACGGAGUCAAAUAUGAAUGAUGCAUUUGCCUACCUCGACAAGGUCAAAGCUCAUUGCGCGACAAACCCUAAGACACACGAUAGCUUCCUUCUCAUCAUGAGGGACUUACACAAGGGCACAAUUGACCAGGCUGAUGCGACUCUGCUGGUCAACAAGCUCUUUGAGGGAGACGCGGAGAUCAGGAAAGGCUUUGAGACAUUCGUCUCGUAAAAGCUUCCCUUGCGAUGCCGUCUUGGCUCGUCUGGUCAGUCUCUACUGUUCUCCAUGCUUACAUAAGGGAGGACGAAUUGGGGGAUUAGACACUACCGUCGAAAGACAGAUAGUCUGCAUGCAUCUUGACCUCGAAUCUCUUCUAUAGCAGAUGCUAAUUGCCAACCUGGUUUUGAUUCUUGUCACAGCCAUUCCGAGGCCGACUUCGUCCGGCGAAUCGUCAUGGGAGUUUGAUCUGUUAGAUAUUUACAGUCCAGAUAAAUAAAAGUCUGGUUUCCGAUUAGGAUUUGCUAAACACUCAAUACGAAUCAAUCCUUCUUGUUCAUCGAA